UACGCGCCAUGUGAUCUCUCUCUCUAACUUUCUCUCUCCGCAGGGCUUUUUGGUGGCCGUCUUUCUUUCUCCGGUAACUUUCUCCGGUGACCGGUUCUUCGUCUUCAAGCUCCAGCCACCACGUGAAUCAGUAUCACCUUUAAUAUACACUUUUUAUCUUCUUUAGCUAUCAUCCACAUAUCUCUCUAUCAAACCACCACUUGUAGAAUUCUAAUAAUGUAAUCCGUUCAAAUUCCUCAGCACUGCAGUUCUCUCGCCGCCGAACUCAUCUCUGUCCGGCCGUCCUAGAUCUCCGAUUACAAUGUCGGUGGCUUGUGGAAUGGAGUACGUUGUUGCAAUAGGCUGUUGCCGUUGGGCCUGGAAACGUUGUACAUACAUUGGAUCUUACGAUAGCGCCACCUGGCCAACAGCUACACUCGAUGAAUUUCUCCCCGUUCCUCACCUUUGCCGCUUAAUCCUCGCCGUCUACGAAGAAGAUCUUCACAAUCCUAAAUUCCCUCCCGCCGGCGGCUACAGACUCAACCCCGAUUGGUUAGUCAAGCGUGUUACAUACGAACAAACUGAAGGAAAAGCGCCGCCAUAUAUCAUCUACGCUGACCACAAACACGAGGAGAUCGUAAUAGCCAUUCGCGGCCUCAAUUUGAUUAAGGAGAGCGAUUAUAAGCUUCUAUUAGACAAUCGCCUUGGUAUGCAGAUGUUCGACGGAGGUUACGUUCACCAUGGUCUGCUGAAAUCGGCUCUCUGGUUGCUCAAUCAGGAAUCUGAUACUCUUUGUCGACUGUGGGUGGAUAAUGGUUCGUCUUACAAGAUUGUUUUCGUCGGACAUUCUUUGGGCUCUGGUGUAGCUGCACUGGCAACUAUAAUCGUGGCGAAUCAUCGUGAUCAGCUAGCUGGAAUACCGAGGAACAAACUGCGUUGCUAUGCUCUUGCGCCUGCUAGGUGUAUGUCACUUAACUUAGCCGUCAAGUAUGCCGACAUGAUUUACUCUGUGGUGUUGCAGGAUGAUUUCUUGCCAAGAACAGCAACGCCUUUGGAAGAUAUCUUUAAAUCCAUCUUCUGCUUGCCUUGUUUAAUGUUAGCGAUUUGCUUGAGAGACACCUUCAUACCAGAAGGCAUAAAGCUUAGAGAUCCUAGACGACUAUAUGCUCCUGGUAGAAUGUAUCAUAUUGUUGAAAGGAAAUUUUGCAAAUGUGGAAGGUUUCCUCCAGUAGUAAGAACAGCAAUUCCUGUUGAUGGAAGGUUUGAGCAUAUUGUGUUAUCUUGCAAUGCAACAUCAGACCAUGGAAUUAUUUGGAUUGAGAGAGAAGCAGAGAAGGCUCUACAAGUAAUGAAGCAUGAAGAAGAGGAAGAUAAAACAAGGAUGACUCCUCCGAAAACACAAAGAAUUGAGAGGUUGCAGACCAUAGAAAAAGAACACAAAGAUGCUUUGGAGAGAGCUGUUAGCUUAAACGUGCCUCAUGCAGUCACCACCACCUCCUAUGAAGAAGAAGAAGGAAUGGAUAUUGAGGAAGAAGAUGAUGAUAGAAUUAUUAACACUGCAGAUUUGUCCGAAAGCAGCAGCAGUACAGCAGGUGGUGGGACAAGAGCAAAUUGGGAUAAAGUGGUGGAGAAGCUUUUCAAGAGGAAUGAUUCAGGCAAACUCCUAUUAAAACAACACCAUGAAGAAGGAGGAGGACGUAGCUAGAGUGAUUCACAAUACUCAUGUUGUAUGUAAGUAAUUCUCAUAUUUAUUUGUUUUGUUUUUUCGCAAUAGCCCUUGUUUGAUGUAGGAUUUUUUUCAAAAUAAACCGAUUUUUGUGUGCAAAAAAUACUUGUUUGAUGUAUUAUUCAUCUGGGUUAAAUGACCAAAUUAUUCAUUUGUAUUUAAUAUUAAGGGAUUAUUUGAAAAUUCUAAGGAAUCAUA